CAAAAAUAAAGGCCAAAACUAUCUUCUUUCCAUUUCUCAAAACUCCAAUCUUGCUGCUGUAGUAAAUAAAUAAAUAAACAAACAAUUAUUUGCCAAUUGUUUCGCUGCGAUUCAAUUAUUAUCUUUUUAUAUAUACAUAUAGUAUAGUAAUGGGCAGCCAAUGGUAUUCCGGUUAUUCUAUCCAAUCAUUGAACCCCACGUGUCCAUCAUCUUCUUCCUCCUCUGUUAUCUUCACUCUUCUUAAACCCCAGAUUCACAGGAGAAGAAUCAUUACUUGUUGUAAUAGUAGAAGAAGAAGAAGAAUGGCUAGUGUUGCUGCGAUGAAUGCUGUGUCUUCGUCAUCUGUAGAAGUUGGAAUACAGAAUCAACAGGAGUUGAAAAAAGGAAUUGCAGAUUUAUAUGAUGAGUCUUCUGGGAUUUGGGAAGAUAUUUGGGGUGACCAUAUGCAUCAUGGAUAUUAUGAACCUAAGUCAUCUGUGGAACUUUCAGAUCAUCGUGCUGCUCAGAUCCGUAUGAUUGAACAGGCGCUAAGUUUUGCUGCUAUUUCUGACGAGUACCUUAAUUUACAAGCAUAUUGUAUAUGUGUAGAAGAUCCAGCGAAGAAACCUACGUCCAUAGUUGAUGUUGGAUGUGGCAUCGGUGGCAGUUCUAGGUACCUUGCAAAGAAAUAUGGCGCUACAGCUAAAGGUAUCACUUUGAGUCCUGUACAAGCAGAGAGGGCUCAAGCUCUUGCUGAUGCUCAGGGAUUAGGUGAUAAGGUUUCAUUUCAAGUAGCAGACGCCUUGAAUCAGCCUUUUCCAGAUGGGCAAUUCGACUUGGUUUGGUCCAUGGAGAGUGGAGAACACAUGCCGAACAAAGAAAAGUUUGUUGGCGAAUUAGCUCGAGUGGCAGCACCAGGAGGCACAAUCAUCCUUGUCACAUGGUGCCACAGGGACCUUUCCCCUUCGGAGGAAUCUCUGACUCCAGAGGAGAAAGAGCUGUUAAAUAAGAUAUGCAAAGCCUUCUAUCUUCCGGCUUGGUGUUCCACUGCUGAUUAUGUGAAUUUACUUCAAUCCAAUUCUCUUCAGGAUAUCAAAGCAGAAGACUGGUCUGAGAAUGUUGCUCCAUUUUGGCCAGCAGUCAUAAAGUCAGCACUGACAUGGAAGGGCUUCACAUCAGUACUACGCAGUGGAUGGAAGACAAUCAAAGCUGCACUGGCAAUGCCACUGAUGAUUGAAGGAUACAAGAAAGGUCUCAUCAAAUUUGCCAUCAUCACAUGUCGAAAACCUGAAUAAUUCUUGCUUAGCUACUGAUGAAUACAACAUCUAUGGAUCUUGGAAUGGAAGAAAAAUAAACUAAUCUAUUAAGUAAAGAAAAUGCAACAUUGAAUGAACUCUGAAUUGCAAAGCUCAAGAAAUUGCCACAUUUGCUACAAUAGCUUUAAAUUUUAAUAUUCCAUUUCAAAUAUUGUAUUGUGAAAUUGCCACAUUGUACUGUACCAAUCAUCAAAAGAGUAUCAAGGUCUCUAGUUAUUAUAAGAAUUGUUCAGCUUAUCUGCUAA